UGGACUCGUUCCCGGGAGUACGCUGAUAUCUCCCGGAGAAAGCAGCGUCUGCAGACGGAGAAAGCAGCAGCCACUGAACAGCAGCAGCCACUGAGACCAUCAACAAUCAUCGCACUCCUCUUCCACCGAAGGAGACUCGUACCAGGACAGCCCGGACCGGAAUCAGAAAGGCGCCUCUGAUCCCAUCUCCUGCGGACUGCUGGACAGGACCAGGAGCCUUCGGACUGCCCCGACGACACAAAUUCGGUGAGAAGGUUCAGAUUUAAAACAUCAAUCACUAUGGGAGGCACAUACACUAAGGAGCAAUUAGAAAUCUUAGCGGCCUUACAAGGCUUGGCACAGAUGCACACAAAGGGAAUUCCCAAGAAACAUCUUAAAGAUUUAUUACUGUGGGUCAGACUUAAUUACCCGCAUUCAGAGACCCGGUUGUUAUUUGAAGUGGGUUUCUGGCAGGAGGUCAACAGGCACAUAUAUUUGCUAGCAACAGAAAAGGAUGAGGCAGCCUUGAAGUUAUUAUCUCCAGCAAGGAUUAUGUUGGAGGCAAUUUCGGCUGAAGCUAGAAGCGCAGCCGGGCAGUUAGGUGAUAAAAACCCCGGAAAGAAAAGGGGGGGUCAGGGCACGGGACAGAGACUAACUCUGGUCUCAGAUAGCCCGGGAAAAACUGUCCCCGAAGAAGAGGAGGGGCAGGAAAAAUUAGAACUGCCUUCACUUCCAAUUCCCCGAAAACCCAAGAAAACCCCAAAGCGUCCUGAGACCCCAGAGAAUUUAGGAGACUCAGACACCGAGUCAGACACGAGUCCUGUCCCAGAGCCAGGCGAUCCUGUUGGGGGGGAAAUUCCCGAGUUACAGGAGCCGAGGGCGGAAAAGACAGGAGGGGGUGUGGAGUCGCGAACGGGGGUGGAGGGGAGCGGGACCGGCACGGAGGCACCGAGCCGCGGCGACCGUGAUUGCGCAAUAGGGGCGGCGUCGGGGGCGGCGGCGGCGGCGGUUCCGGGCGGGGAAGGAGGAUUUGUGAGGGCAGGGGGGCAUAGCACGGGUGGUACGGGUGCCGUGCCGGAAGCGGCGGCUCAGAUGAUACGCGCGGGGCGGGAAGCGUGCGCGGGACCGGGGGCGCGCGGGAUUUCCGGGAAGGGCGGAAGCUCCACUGCGUCCAUCUCAGAUACGGGCAGUGAGGCGAGCGGAGCCUCAGAGACCCAGGCGGGGCCCGGCGGGAGGCGCAAGAAACGCAUGACAAUGACAUCACAGCACCCGGAAACAGGGAUGCGGCGUUCUACCCGGAUCGCAGCGCGCACGCGGGCCAAAGCGCGGGGCGAGCUUGUCGCGAGGAGGCGGGGCGUGAAUACGACGUCAGAGGGGGAGGGAGAGUCGGAGGCGGAGACCGAGGGGGAGGCAUCGGAGACGGAGCGGGGCGGAGACAGUGACGUCAGCUCAGGGGAGACGGGGGGCGUUCCCGGGGCCGCGCGAGCACGGAGGGUGCGGGCGGAGCGCGGCAGGGGGAGGGUCCCGCCCCCGGCGGCAUCUCGGACGAGGAGGGGGCGUGGCCACAGCUCCAGUUCCCGGGGCUCCACCCCUUCCCCGGUCCCGAUCCCCAUGGCUCCGAUCCCUGAAAGGCAGGCUUCACCCCCCCCAGGGGGACGUGCAGUUAUUACAGAGGUACCUCAGCCAAGAUUUCAAGAAGUCUACUGUGUUUGAAGAAUUUCCAUCCCAACAGAAGUUUCAGAGGGAUCCAAUUAUUAAAUGGUUUGAUAGAUCUUUAAUCCUAAGGUUUCUUAUUCAUAAUUGCUGUUUUUAAGAGUCUCAUUUUAAGAAUGUGCUAAGUGAUAUCCAUCAAUUAGAGUUCGGGCUCUGGCCAAGUCCUAGCUCUACUUGAAUGGAGUGAUUGACAAUCAGCCCAGAUGUUUUCUGCAUCAAAAAGUAUUCAAGUCCUUUUGGCUUGGCAAUUUGACCGUCUAUGAUAGCUGAACCUGUUUUCAGAGAGAGUUUGGAGAAACAUGAAUCCGGACAUGGAUUCUCCAGUUCUCUGCUGUUGUAAGGUUCAUCAGCUGUCGCAGACUCUGGGAUGACAGUUCAGUGUUGUAGUGUUUGACAAUUGUAUGAUUGCAGAUGUGUUAUUGGUUAUGUGUAUUAUCUAAUUGAUCUCUAAUUGCUGUCAUUUUACAUUUCCCUAUGCAAUUGCAUAGAGACUGAAACGGAGUUGAUCAAUGUUUUAUUUUCAUAUCAGGACCCAUUCUUCACCUCCAAGAUUUUGAGAAAAUCCUCCAGUCUCUUCGGGGACGUGGAUUUGUUUGUGUUUUAGCAGGUACAAAAGUCCAGGUGAACCUCAGUGAAGAAUGUGAAACUCCAUCCAGUGCAAGACAAUGUUGACAAGAAGCGCAGGCAAGAAAACGCUGGCCAUUCCAUAAGCAGAAAAGAAGAUGUACAGAUGUGGACUGCACAGAGAUUCCAACCCUUGUGCUUUGCCCAUAGAAGGCUGUGGACUUUGGGUCACUUCAUGGGUGUGGGAAUCAGUGGUGUUGUAAAAUUGUUGUUAGAUGAUAGCUUGUUAUACUUUUGUAAGGCUUUUAGUUCUCUUGUUCAUUAUGCCAUGUGUUCUUCUGUGUGUACGACGUGCAAUGAGUCAAGUUACCAGACAAGUGCUUUUUGUGCAAAGAGAGGGGGGAGAUGUGGGAACUCAGCGCAUCACCUCGGAUGCUCUGAGUCCCAGGGAGACCCCUUGGGGGGCUCAGAAGUCCUGGAAUGUAGCCAAAGGCACCUGGUGGCUUGAUUUUGACCCUUCAAGGGUCGUGCUAUCAAAGCAUGAGGAUAUGGAAGUUUCAGAGGUUUGAAUGGUGUAGGGCAGGUGUUUUUAUAGAAUAGAAUAUAGGUUUUAAGAUUUUGGUACAGGGGGGUCUAAUGGAGGCAAGAUGGAGGAUUCAGGCCCGACCUCGUGGCUUUUCUCCUUCUUCUUGUCAUCCAUCUUCUCUGUGAUGUGUGCAUUUUAGAUUGGUUCAUACUAAAGGUGCACUGUUUAAUAAAGGUGAUGGGUAUUGGAGAAAAAUUGUAAAUAUCACAUACGCAAUUAUCAGUAUAAGAAUGUGCGACCGCCCUAAAGGGGCAGAGAGUGCUUGUGGCUGCCUUGCUGGUCAGAUCUCGGCUGGGCAGAACAAAAACCUUAGAGAUAAGCUUUAAUAAACAACCUGAAGACUGAACUAUAGAGGAGUCCAGACUCGUCUGUUCAUCGCGGGCUGCCUGCGAACCGUCCCACGCGAA